AUGAUGCUUACCAGCCCUGCGACAUUUUUCCAUCAAUCCACCAUCCCCAUCACAUCACCUACCCUUUCCAACAAACUCUCCCCACCGAUAACAGCACCUUCAUCUCAGACUCGAACUCAAAACUUAGCUCCAGAUGGCUUCCCUACCUACAUGGCGGCCUGGAGAGUCGACCCGAGGCUUCGCUGGCCGAAAACCCCUGACGACUUAUACCUUGAGACCGGGCUUCUUCGUCCACCAGUGACGCGGCCUGACCAACUUCUGGUCCGUGUCAAUGCCUCUUCCCUCAAUCCGAUUGACCUCAUGAUGCUUUCCGGAUAUGGACGAGUCGCUUUUACCUUCGUUCGUGACUAUCUUCCCUUGAUCACCUCCUAUGCCUCUUUGCUUGGUCCCGCUACUGCCCGCUCUACUACCGCGUUCGAUCUUGGCGAGGCUACUAAUCCCAAUGCCUUAGUAUUAGGCAGGGAUGCCGCCGGCGUCGUUGUUUCCGUCGGCCCAUUGGCUAGACAACAUAACUGCUCAUCCUGGACUCCGAGAUCAGCCGGUCCUUACGAUAAGCCGAUCUUGAGGGUUUUAAAUCAUGUCCGCUGCUUCAAGAUGCAAACAUUACCAUCUAGAUCACACCAUUCCUUCGCUUGCGAUCCACCUAUCAAGUACCCAUAA